UUUUCCUCUUCAACAUGUUUUCUCAUAUUCGAGUCUUUCACCCCCACAAAUAUGCAACCUUCUUUCACCAUCUCCUUCAAAAAUCAAGACACCCUCUCUCCAUUACAAGUUGUGGUUGAGCUCAUGGAACAAAAUCGGAAGAAUCUGUCAAUCAGUUGCAGCUGGUACCAGCAGAUAUGGUUAUGGAAGAGACGAACAAUCACAUGCAGCUUAUUGAAGAAGAAGACAUGAUUAUGGAAGAGGAAUCUAUCGACAAAUUGAUUUCUCAAGAUAUUGACGCCGACGAUGUGAAGAAGCUUCUGGAUGCAGGGAUCUUUACCUGCAAUAGCUUAUUGUUACAAGCAAAGAAGAACUUGACUCGAAUCAACGAUCUAUCUGAGGAAACGGUUGAUAAGAUCUGGGAAGCGGCUGAAAAGCAUCUGAGAAAAUCUGUGGUUGGAAUUGCAACCGGAAGCCAAAUGCCUGAUGAACUGUUAGAAUCGAAUAUUACAGCUUUAAGACGCCAUCUAAAGCUAAUCUCUUGGCCUCCACACCCUAAUAAAAUAGAUGAGUUGCGUGCUAUUGAAAGUUUAUUCCAAAAAAGUCCAGCAGAACUUAAACCGUACAGUUAUAUUCUUGUGGAAACACUCCGGGGGCUUGUGAAUAAUGAAGAUGGACAGCUUCGAAACUUAGCUUAUGAUGUUUUUGAACUGGUCUUUCCAUAUCUUGAUGUGGAGGAUCAACAAAUGCUCACCCGGAGGAUGAUGGGAUCAAUUUUGAAUGCAAUGCAACAUUCAAAGUUAGAUAUUCAAAGCACAUCAUUUGAAUUUUUAAACCAUAUUCUUUGGCUGAACCCCACCUUAUUGCUUUCUGAUGCAAAAAAGAUUUUCCAGAACUAUAAAGAUUUUUUUGGGAAGAUCUUGUACUUCAAUAAGGAUCAAAAAACGAAUCUAAAGGUUUCUCUGCCUGGAUUAAUCAGAUGCUUGUCACAUCUUGUUAAGAAUGAUGUAGAAAAUGAUUUGCUUGACAAGGGGGAUAUUGGAGAGAGGCUAUUGCAUGCUUAUGAAGAUGAUAGCUUUAUGAGCUUUAAUGGUUUAUCUCGUAACAUGAAGGAUUUAAUCCCAUUAUUAGUUGAUAGUUUUCAACGAUUGAUUCCAUCAGCGACAGAAUGGCUUGAUGAGCCGACUUUUGGAUGUUUGACAUCUAUUCUUCACUGCAUUGAUUUAAUUGUCAUAUACUUGAAGAAGACAAAAGAUUUAAAUUCUCAAAGUGGACCAGAAGUGGCUGCAUCCUUGGAGAACCUAUUUCAUCACUUUCCCAUUCAUCUAGUCACUAAUUUUCUAGAUAAGGGAAGUAAUGAUAAAUUUCUUGAGCUUAACUUUUUUAUUUCAAAAAUAUUUUUGGAAUUAAAGGAAUGGAUUUUCCUUAAUUCAUUGUUGGAGAAGUGUCUAGAAUUUGUUGAAAGCGCAUUACUUGGAAAGUUCUGCCAGGUUUCUGAGUCUGCUAAUACUGUAUGGGAAAGACAUUUAUCGCAGCUUAUCCCUUUUGUUUCUAAACUUAUUUUACAUGGAGCAAACAACAACAGCAAUAGGGCAUCUCGUCUACUACCGGCAUUUACACAUAUUUUCACAGUAAGCAUGCCCGGUUCCUUGUUGAAAUGGACAUGUCUUCAUGCUAUUAAAGACAUGCUCUCGCAUAUUCAUGAGAGCUUUCCUUUUCAAGAAAAGUCAGAGUGUGUAAAAGCUUUAGAUGCAUGGAUGUUGGAGCUUACUGAGUUGCUGUUGAAAAUUGGAUAUAAUCCAACCGACUACUCUUUGCUUGUCAUACAAGUCCUGCAUGGCAUGGGAAAAGUGGCUGUGAAAGAUUCAUUGCUUCGACACUCGUAUGACAAUAUACAGUACCAACUCCAUGAUUUCUUUUGCAUACUUCAAGAAGAAGGAGAGCCUAUUCUCUAUGGUCCUUUUCUUUUUCUUCCAAAAGAUACUCAGGAGCUAUUUUUAUGCUGUGUGGAGUAUUUUUCUUGGUUAGACACACCAAUUUUGGAUUCUCUUCUAUGCUUUUGCAUAACUCUUGAUAUAGAUCCUGAUAUGCUCUUUCGGAUCAUAGAAGUGUUGAAUUCUUUUAAUACAGCUACUCAAAUGAGAAUUGAAGAUUACGUGAAUUUCUUCAUAACUUUGGUCUCCAAGCUCAAUGUUUAUUAUGGAGUUGUUUACAUUGAUUUGAAGAAUGAUGCACCCCAACAAACUUUGAAGAAGCUGAUUGAUGUUAUUUGUUCUAACAUGACACAGAAGAAGGGAGACAAUUAUCUUCUUGUAGAGAAAAAGACAAUCAAGGAGAUAUUGCGAAAGCGUUCUUUUCAUAAUGCUGCAUGUCUGCUAAGGAUCCUUGUUACAAUGGAUUCUGAGCCGCCUUCUAGACUUUCUGGUGAAAGUAUUAUCUCUCUAAGCUAUUACGUUUCUGAGUUUCUGAUGCAAGCUGUGAAGCGCGUUCGAGAAGACGAGUAUGAGAAGUACAUUCACUAUGAUCAAAUAUUUCCUGGAUUUUAUUUUUUGGAACCUUGCUUUUCAUUGUUUAGUCAAUGCCCUGAGCUUCUAAGUAAUGCUUUGAAAGCAAUGGCAUCAACUAUAACCUAUGAUGCAUUGAAGACAAUGACAUCAGGCAUAGGUUUCUACUUGGUAUCUGAAGAUGACCGUAAAGAGAUGAGGAAUUGUUUGACUAGGGCAAAUGUGAUUACAUCUGUAAUUGUGUUGAUGAGCAAAGACAUAAGAUUAAAAUCUAUGUCUGUCUUCAAAAAUGAAAUCAAUUACAUCAUAGAUGAAGUUCAUCUCUUGCAGUCAUCUCAGCAGGUUAUUAGUUUCACAGAUGAGGAAAGGCAUGCAAUACAAUUUAUAUUGGAUCAACUCAGAAAUAUAUCUGAGUAGAAAAAUUUCUUAUGUUGAACUGAUGAUGUUAUUUGAAGUUUUUAGUAAACCUUGGUACCCUUUAAACAUUUAUGUUUUUGAGGUUUUAUUUGGUGGAUUAUUGUAAACUUUGGUGUGAUGUUAAUUUGAUUUAAGUUUGUAAUAUGCAGUUGAUACUUGUAUAUGGUCCACCAUACUGUGCCACUGAUACUUGUAUAUGGUUCACGGUUGGGAUUUUGAAGAAAACCACACCGAACUGGUUCUGAACUAAAUCAGAAGACAGAUCACGAAAAUUGAACUAUUUUACUCGGUAUAAUUUGAUCUGAACUUGGUGCACUGUGGUCAGACUUAUAGAAGCUAUGAUUUUUAGCUUCAUGUAUAAUCAAAUUCUAGGGACAAA